CGUGCUGAAUUGUACUGUUGUACUUAAUCGACCGCCUAUAUUUUGUUGGUUGUACUGAGAUUGACCCGUCCACCUCAAGUUUUCGGUAACUUUUUAUCUCUCACUGUAGAAAAUAAGCGCCUGUUUUUCGGCUUAAAUCGCAACUGUAAACGUUAGAUGUUUAAAAUAGGGCGCGAGGUCACAUGCGCGAGUUUGGGAAAGUUUGGGGCACACGUACAUAGGUUUAAGAUUAUUAUUUGUCCAUUCAAAACACACCUUCAGAACAAUGAUGUGAACACAUUGAAUCGGCCUUCUUAACGGAUUAAAAAUCUGCCAGUGGUCUGGCAUUCAAGCCUAUUGGGGAAUGAAACUCAAAGGUCUACGGAGCAAAGUUGAAAACGGGAUCAUUUGACUCAAGUUUGGAUCCUCCCUGACAUGCUCAUAGCCAUGGUGACUAAAGUAUCCUUGCGGCUUUCUGAAUGAACACAUUGUGCAAUGGGGACUCAGAGAAACGGGUUCAGCAAACGAGAGACUUUCAUUCUCUCUGUUGAUGUGGGAACAACCUCCAUCAGGUGCCAUGUGUACGAUAAGAGCGCCAGUAUCAGGGGGUCCUGCUCCGCGAAGGUGUCCCUACUUUAUCCUCAGCCUGGAUGGGUAGAGAUUGACCCUGAUGAUCUGUGGAAAGACUUUGUGACUGUAGUCAAAGGAGCAGUUCAAGAUGCAGGCUUACAGAUGUGCCAAAUGGAAAGUCUGGGCAUCUCAACCCAGAGGGCAACGUUCAUGACGUGGGACAGAAACACGGGAAAACCGUUUCAUAAUUUCAUCACCUGGCAGGACUUGAGGGCAGCCGAGUUGGUGAGAUCGUGGAACUGGUCCUGCACUAUGAAGACGGUACACGGAGUGAUGAAGAUGCUGCACUUCCUCACCAGACAGAAGCGGUUCCUUGCAGCCAGCCUGGUAGUUUUUACCACCCAGCAUGUGUCACUGCGUCUUGUCUGGGCCUUGAACAAUAUCCCUCAGUUGCGGCAGGCAGUCGAAGACGGCUCCUGUUAUUUUGGGACCAUAGACACCUGGCUGCUGUACAAACUGACUAAAGGCCUGGUUCAUGCUACGGAUUACUCUAAUGCCAGUGCAACAGCAAUAUUUGAUUCCUAUCAGAUGUGCUGGAGUGGAUUUGUUUGCUCACUUCUCUCUAUACCUCUGUCCAUCCUCCCCAGGGUGCAGAACACCAGUCAUAAAUUUGGCACAUGUGAUCCAUCCAUAUUCGGGGUGCCCAUCCCAAUCAUGUCUGUUAUGGCGGACCAACAAGCAGCCAUGUUUGGAGAAUGCUGUUUUGACAUUGGUGAUGUGAAAAUUACUAUGGGCACAGGGACCUUCAUGGACAUCAAUACAGGAAACAAACCACACACGUCUGUAGCUGGCCUUUAUCCACUGGUGGGCUGGAAGAUCGGUGCUGAUGUUGUGUAUCUGGCUGAAGGUAAUGCCGCUGGAACAGGUGCUGCCAUUAAAUGGGCCCAGGAUUUAGAGCUCUUUUCUGAUGUGACGGAGACUGAGGCUAUAGCCACUAGUGUGGACGACUCAGACGGCGUGUAUUUUGUGCCUUCUUUCAGCGGCUUACAGGCCCCUCUGAAUGAUCCUAAAGCUUGUGCCUCUUUCAUGGGCUUAAAACCAUCCACAACCAAGAGACAUCUAGUCCGAGCCAUUCUGGAGUCUAUAGCGUUCAGGAACAAGCAGCUCUUUGAAGUCAUGCUUAGAGAAACCCGUAUUCCUAUCACUAAAAUCAGGGCAGAUGGAGGUGUUUGCACCAAUAAUUUCAUCAUGCAACUCACAGCUGAUCUGUUGGGGCGUAAGAUAGAACGUCCAAGCCACUUUGACAUGUCCUGCCUUGGAGCUGCUUUUGUUGCAGGACUAGGAACAGGCUACUGGAGGAACCAAGAAGAGCUGAAGAAGCUUUUGACCACUGACCAACAUUUCCUUCCCCGGAGGAGUAAAGCAGAUUGGGACAUGGGCAGUCCAUACAGAGGUGUGCUGCAGAGCUGGGAGAGGGCUCUUCAGCGCUCUAUGCACUGGUACAGCCAGCCCUGAUUUACCAGAAUACAAGUUGAUUCUGUAAACGCCAUGUUCAUGUGAACGGGUUUAGGGCGAUUCUCUCUCACACUGAGAAAAUGCUUGAACAGUAUGGUUUCCAACCUGGACUUGGAAACUCGCAUAUCAACUGUUAGUUAGAGUUUUGCCAAAUCACGAGGGAUUUUACAGAUUUACAGCUUGUUUGUGUAAAUCCAAGUCACCUAGUUGUGAAUCCAGUGGAAUUAUGAUGAUGAGGUGACCGGCUGCAGCACAACUCUUACUUCAGAAUAAGACAGAUGUAUUAUUAUGAUUUUGCCAAUCAAUAAUUUAGUCAUUAGGUACUGUUGUUUUUUUUAUGAGAAAAUUAAUUUAUUUUAUUUUGUAUGGUUACUCAUCUCCCAAAGGAUAACAUCUCACCCUAAAGGAUCAUAUGUAAUUAGUGUUGUUUACAUAGAUGGGAGUAAGUGAAACUUACAGCUUUUUUUUUUCUAUCAUACUCUGAGUUAACACACUGUGCAUUCAUUGCCUGUAUGGUCAUUUAUACAAGCAUUCAUUAAUGUUUUUUUUUUUUCAAAUGUACAUCAGAAUACAAAGAGAAUGCUCCAAACAUGGAAAACUUGUUACCUGAAGUACUAUAUUUAUUUUUUGCUUUAUGCAUCCAACCUGCUAUACUUGUUUGCAUGCAAAACAUUAGCAGUCACAGUUUGCCACAUCAUACUAUCAACAGUGGCUAAUAAUAGCAUACAUUCAACUGUAGUAAAAAUGAGUAACUGUGAAACUAUAUGAUAUCCUAGGCUUUUAUCAGGAUCUUAAAGAAAGAAUCGACAGAGAAUAUUUGUAAAGAUAAAUGUAUUAAUAGAUUGUCAAAGAACUCUUAACAUUGUGCCAUGUUUCAUGUCAGUAUGUGAAAUUAGUUGUUUUAAUACAUUUUCAGGUUCAAAUUGUAUGCAUUGUCAUGUAAAUAAAGCAAUGGCUUUCAUUCUGGGGUCAAUGACCUGAUAAACAUUGUAAAAUGCAUGGGUCUAAAAAUUGUUAAAGUAAUGUUUUAAUGAAAGUGCUGGGGCAAGUGUCCUAUAACUGAGUCUGCCGAACAAUGUAAUCAAAUAACAGUGCAAAGUGAAUAAAGUCUUUCAAUUAAAUGCUG